GGUACUCUUCUGUAAAGGUUGUCGGAGCUCGAUCUUUUUCUUCGUGAACAUCUGCUUAUCAAUCGAGUUUGGUUUGAAGUCUUUCCUAAUGAUGGAUGUCAAAGAAAAACCAACUGGGUUUUUCCCAUCUGUGUCAACGCUUCUUGGGCAACACUGGUACAGGGCAAAGGCUGCUGUCUAUCUGUUUAUUUUACUCAUAACAAUGCCAUUCUGUCUUCUAUUUACUAUUUCUUGUUGGUUGUUCGGAAGAAAGGCCCACAAUUGUCAACGUGUUGAAGAAUCUCUCAGGCGUACUGUAUUGGUAUCGGGCGUGGCCCACACUAAGGGCCUGCAUAUUGCUAAAACCUUGGGAAAAGCUGGUCAUCGAGUGAUCUUGGCAGACUUAGAGGACUUUUGGUGUUCUGCAGCUCGAUGGUCACGGUUUAUUUCCAAGUUCUAUACCGUACCAAAUUUAAAUUCCCAGGAUGGAAAAGAGGAGUAUAUAAAUGGAAUGAUUCACAUUGCCCAUGUGGAGAAGAUUGAUUGGUAUAUUCCAGUAAGCCAUACAAAGACAGCUGUGUUAGACACAAUCAUCAAACAGCGUCUUGCUGCGGCAAAUCCAAAAAUCAAAUGUCUUGCUUUUGAUGAUCCAAAGUUGACUGCCGUUCUUGAUGAUAAACUUCUCUUUCUAGAGGAAUGCCGAAAACUUAAUCUUCAGGUGCCAUAUUUCCAACAAGUAAACAAUGUUGAAGAAGUCCGUGAAAUGGCCAAGAAAGGACUCUUUUCAAGAGCUCACUACUUUCUUAAACCUUUGAUGCCUUAUUCUGUGGACCGUGUAAACUUCACACGCAUACCAAGCAAUGCAGAGGAGUUUGACAAGUACAUCACUAGCUAUGAUUCAAAGCUUAAUGGUGACAAUCCAUAUCUUGUCCACCAGUUCAUAAAAGGAAAAGAAUUUGCAGCUAAUGUCAUUGCUGUGGAUGGGCAUCUGCAAGCUUUUCAUGUCUGUCCUUGUUCACCAAUGCAAAUUGACUAUGAUGUUGUCAAACACCCGGAGAUCAAAAAGUGGAUGGAAACAUUUUGCAAAGCCAAGCAACUCACUGGUUGUGCUUGCUUCGACUUCCUGGAGGAUGAGAAAACUGGAGAAGUUUAUUGCAUCGAGUGCAAUCCGCGCCUUCAUUCAGGCGUGGUUUCCUAUCACAUGCAGCCCAACCUUGAAAGAGCAAUACGUGGAGCCUUGGAUGUUCAGUUUCAGUUGUCCACUGCAAUAGAACCUCCUGUUUCUUCUGCUCAUGUCUUCUGGUUAUACAAUGAAAUUGCCAAAGUUGGUCUUUUCCAGCAAGGACUUGGGGAAUUUUUUUCUACUUUGUGGACUGGUAAAGAUGCAGUUCUGGAUGCAAAUGAUCCUUUGCCAUUUUUUAUGCUGAAUCACUUUCAAAUGCCCGUUAUGCUUUUACAAGCACUCAUAAGUGGUAAAAGAUGGAAUAUUACAAACUACUGUCUUGGACAACUGAGGUAGUUCAAUUUUUAUUGUGCCAGGUUUUGCAAACUUACAGAGAGAUGUCAAAAUCAAAAGACUUGACUUAAUUGCUGGGGAAAUUGUUAUAAGCACUUUUUCUUUUUUUCAUUGAUUGGAAAGGCAUCAUUAUGGUGUAAAAUAAAUAUUGAUUUACACAGUCAGUAUGUUUACAAACCAGACUUCUCUCACCAGAGAUGAAUCAGAUGUAUGAAAAGAGAGAGUCAGAGAGAUCUGUUUACUCACACUUUUCGUAAAGGGACAUCCUAAAAUGUCAAAUGUCAAUAUUUAUUUCUGUCAGAACAUUACGUAGAAGAUGGUAGGUAAGGAGGUAGGUAAAGUUUGUGUUCAAGCCUAGCUGCCCAUCAGGCUGUUGCUUAUCUACUAACAGUUUCUGUAGCAUGAGGCAAUUAGGAGUAUUUCUACUCCUGCCCCCCUCCCCUGGAUGGGAUGCCAGUUCAUUGCUAGUUCGUCUUGUCCAAGAACACAACACAAUAAUAUUAUCCUAGCCAGAGCUCAAACCCAAACCAGUCAAAAUUAUAUUAUGGAGUUCAGUCUGCUAACCAUUAGGCAGCUG